CCCUCCCUCUAUCCGACCCAAAUACAAGACACGAUAAUCCAGUCGCCCUAGACCUACAAACAAGGCUCUUCAAGAGAGCAAAUUACAUACAAUACACAACUAUACACAUUGUUAGGCAUUCACACGGCAUUCGUUAGCGCCAGUAAUCCAGACAAACUCUCACCCCUCCGAGUACUACCAUAUUGGGUUUCAACCCCUGCCUAACCACCACCAACCAUGUCACGCAACGUUCGCAACAAGGCUUCCUCGGCCUCGAGGAAAGCCGCCAAGCGUCGCGACUCUAUUACUUCUUCUUCCUCCUUUGACCUGUCUGACGAAGGAGGAUAUUCCGCUGUCGAAGAUAUCAGUGAUUCUUCUGACGAUGACGAGGAAGAUGUCGACGCGGCCGAGGAGGAACACAUUCUCCACGAGGUGCUACCUGCCCCCAGCAUCCCGGUUCCUCCCCGGCCGCCUAUUAUCCAAGAAGAAGAGGAUGAUGACGAUGAUGAUGAUGAUGAUGACGACGACGAAGAAAAUGAUGAAGAGGAAGAGCAGGAGCAAGAAGACGAAGACGAUGGCGCAGCAGACAUCGAGGAUGCCGCCAGUUGGGAUGGCAUCAUGUCAGAGGUUGACGAAAGUGCUGCUUCUGAUCACCACCACCGUCCUGCGGAGCGCCACGUGCGUUUUGACGUCCCCUCGAGUGAUUCCGACUCCACCGAUACGGAGGAUGAUCAUGCCGAUUUCUUCCCCGACAUCUUUGUCGAUCAGAGCUCUCUCGAUCCGGCCUUCCGUCGCGAGAUUGAAAAGGAUGAUGAAAACGACGAGUCUGAAAACUCAAAUUCAUUCUGGGACUACCAUGGCGAUUAUCAUGGAGCCUAUGGGUAUGCUCCUGACGCAGACUCGGACGUCGAGGCUGUUGUUCAGGAACUCGGCGAUGAUGAUACCCCGAUUGCUACUCCCAUGACCACUGGCGAGCUCUCUGAGAUGCCCACUCCGGUCGCAGCGCUUGAGGAAACCCAAGAGCUAGACGGCUAUGAGAAAGAUGAGCCGGAGCCAGUUGUCCGCCGCAAGAUUAAGCGUCCCGAACCCUCCGCGGAUCAGUGGGAUGAUUCCGAUACGGAUCAUCCGGUCAAGGGCCACCGUGGACAGCCGCGUGUCGGCCGCUUUAACCUCGACAACUCGGAGCGGAAGCCUAUUGCUGUUGUGAACCCCAUCUCACGAAAGAUGAUGAUCUUCACUCCCCAUCGUCGCCGUCAACUUGAUCUGUCACCCGAACAGUUCAACUUCCAAUACCUGGCCCCCAUUGAUGAGAACCAACCAUCUCCCAUGAUGAGCAGCUCUGCCCAGAUUAUGAUGAGUGCAAUGUUCUCGUCCAAUACCUUUGGUGACUACCUCAACACUCAGGCCAUGGGACCUACCGAGGCCUUCUUCCCCUUCCAGUCUGAACCCAACACUGCCGAUGAGAGCUCGGAUGUUGGAUUCGAUGAGGAGGAGGAUGACGAGGUUGAAAAGUCUCUCAACAUCAGCGACUUCAUCGAGUUCGAUGAGGGCCGGUCCUCUGCCGAUGAAGACGAGGACAACCAGUGGGACACCGAUCCCCUGAACUCUACUCCUGCCCGGCCGCGUACCGCUUCAAGCGACGUCGACCUCCACUCCCACAUCAAUGCCACCAACGUGGGAGCAUUCCGUCGCGACCAGAUCAACCAACGUCUCAUCUUGAGCGACAAGGCCACACAAGACUCCCUCGCCCUGAGCAGUCCUUAUAACUACACUGCUCUGCGUGGUCUCAAGUCAGAUCGCUUCGAAACCGCCGCCGUUCCCUUGACGCCCCUUCGACGAUCCAAGAAGCAGAUGCGUGACGCAGCGCGCAGUCCUUUAGAGUCCAUGUCGCAAAAACGCAAGGCAUCCAGUGAGAUGCCCAUGGGCCACAAGCGCCAUCGCAGCAUCUCGGAUGUCAACUUGCUACACAUCUAGCCGAUGCCGUAGCGUUUGACUCAUCCGGCAUGUUAAUGCGACAAAAAACGGUUGAGGAUGGCGUGGCAAGGUGCCCUCAAGGAAUGGGCACCUGCCAUCCCUGGCCUCACACACAUUGGCUAUCGUUGCCCUUUCUGUUUUCUUAUGUUACACAUUCUUACACUGCCCGUCGAAUCGACGGGAAUGACGGUGGACAAAAGCGCAAAAGUUAUGGACACUGAAAGCAAGUGUCCGAAGAGCGGACAAUGUCAGCCCUAUACUACAACCGACCAAUCCUCAUUGGUGGGAAGAAUCUCCCUGUCACGGUCUGAGGCAUCUGACAGCAGCCUGU